GUGCUGAAAAUGACGCAAUCGAAGUGGCGACCGCGAGAAUCUUCUGAGGAGAAGACGCGACACGUACGUAAAAUGCGCUCCCUCGUACGUAUGUACGGUAGAAAAGAAAAAGGCUGCGCGAAGUGGGGUGAAACGAUCCGUAGUGGAAGACGAAGAAGCGUCUGGUCGAACGAGUAGAAUCGUACGAACCUUCAUCGUGGCCGCAAUAGCGGAUCUUUCAUACUGGUGCCCACGUUAACAUUUACGACAGAUAGCGAGUAUCAGUCGUACGUGCAACGACCAAAUACGUUUAUCGAGCGACAAGUUCAAUAAGGUAGCACCGACGAACGAAUUCAUCAACCGAAUUAUCAACCGAAAAAAAGGAGAACGAAGUGAAAAGGCAAAAAUGGUUUACGAGAGCGACUUCUACACAACUCGACGACCCUACUCACGGCCUUUAGUCUCGUCUUACUCCAUCACGGAUCGACCGAUUACAUUACCGAUCUCUACGAUUCUUCAGUUGAGAAGCAUUCCCCGCAUGCCAUACGUGGCUCAUAAACGGCUCGUCACCGUAAUCCACAUGCCGUAUCAUACUGUGUACUAUGGCGGCACCCUGAUACCGAUAAGAGUUCACUCGCGCGUACGUCCAAGCGUCCUUGCAGCUGAGCUCAACAGGAUACGCAGCCUGACAAGACCGUCCACCGAAUCCUACGUGGAAAAGUAUCUUCAAUCGAAGGAUCGCAUCUACUUCGACGACGAGGCGAGGGAAAUACGUGCGAGAGUGGAUUCCCUUCUUCGACGAGUACACAUCUUCAUCCCACGAGCCGUAGCAAGCGACUUCGCGGAAGAAAUAGUGCCGGAACGCAUGCGCAGCGGGGAUUACGUCCGCCGGCUUAUCUCGGGCAAGCACAAUACGAAGAAGGACACGAUAGAGCCGGUCUCAUGGUACGAGGUACCCGAUCGAGGUAACUUUGGUAAUCUGGCGUGUGUUAAGUAUGUCGCCGGCAAGCCACACUCGAUCAGGAAACCCUACUUCAAGGUCGCCGAUUUACGCCCGUCCGACAUCAAAAACGAUGUCAAUUUUCUCAGUUACUACAGCAAGAACCGCGUUGCGGCGGCUAACGCCUCCCCAGAUCAACCGAUGACGGAAAGAGAGUUGCGGAAGGCGCGAGCGUUGCAACCCGAUUUGGACGAGUCGACCCUGAGAAAAGUAACGGAUAAAACGCGUAGAGAAACGGAAUCGAGAGCGGAGAAGAAACGUGGAUUCUCCAGUCGCGAGAAAAUUCUCGAGGAGGAGAAGGAAAUCGUGGAGACCGUGAAAGCUUCAGUGACGCAAUCCGCGCCUGUGAAAGAGGUUCAAUCCGUGCCAAAAGCUGCGACAGAAGCUGAAUCCCCAAGCAAAGCCGAACAUCCUGCGAAAAAACCGGAACCGGAAGCAACGACGGAGCCUGAACCGGCGAAACACCCAGAACCCGCGAAAGAACCCUCACCCGAACCUCCAAAAGAACCCACGCCUGAACUCGAACCUCCAAAAGAACCCACGCCUGAACCCCUGAAAGAACCUACGCCUGAACCCACGCCUGAACCCGAACCCCCGAAAGAACCUACGCCUGAACCUACGCCUGAACCCGAAUCGCUUUCAGAGACUGGAAAAGCGGUGGAAUGGAAUCAAGGAAACUUAACAGAAUCCGCGAAGGACGAUGCGGUAGUGGAAGAAGCAGAAACGAAUCGAGAACCGGUAGAAGAAUCGAAGAGAGAGGUUAACGAAGGUGUAAGUGAAUCAGAGGAGGAAACUGAUGAGAAGCAGGCAACGACUGAGGAUGUGAGGCAAGAUAAGGAGGAGGCGGUCAAGAGAAUAGAGCAGUACCUUAUUAACGCUGCCGAGCAGGCGAGGACCGAAGAGGAGCGUAAAAUAGCUGCCGAGGAAGAACGGGCGAGGCUAGAGAUGGAGGAGACGAAGGCGUGGGAGCAGCUGCAAAUAGCACAGGAGCGGGUAGCUCAUCUCGAUGAGAUUAUCGAGCAAGAAAAAAUCGAAGAAAAGAGGAAGGCAGAGGAGGAGAAGAUCGAAGCUGACCUCUUGGAAACUCGAAAGAUACUCGAGGAAGAGAGAAAGUUAGAGGAGGCUAAAACGGCGGCUUUGCUGGCGGAACAGGAGCGGAUGUUGAUCGAGGAACAAUUGGAGAAAACGCGGGAGGAAGAGGAGAAGGAGGAAAGGUUGGCGAACGUCACCUUCCUCGACCAAGAUCGGGAAGUGAAAAGCAUCGAUCAUUGUCGCGACGACGAGAUAACGUGCGAUAUUACCGAUCAAGACAGGGAGGAGAAGCCCUACGAUCCAAUCACCGACGACGAGACCCAGAUCGAAGAGGAGGAUGCGCACGAGGAAUGUGAGUGCGACAUGGCGGAGAAUCCUUUCGUGGAGGAGCCGGAAGGGGCGGAAGGAAAGCCGGUGACCGGUGGGAAUAGCGUGGAGGAAUCGUCGAAAACCGAAGAAGUAACGUCGGGCGGAGAGGAAAGUUUCGUGUGGGGUGACGAGGAUGAUUAAAACAAAUCCUCCGAGAAAUCGUUCGUGCUCGCAUCUCUUUAAAUAAUCGCGACUCGUUGUCGUUGAGUCACGGUAUAAUAAGGAUGAACGUUUGAUAAUUUGCUACAUUGUUAAAAGUAUUCUGUUUCGAAUCGUUUCUCUCUUUCUCUCUAUCACAUUUUCGAUUCUAUCGUUAACACAAUUCGUAUUCUAUCGUUAAUUACCCAUACACGCGAUUUUUCUUUUAUUUUUCACCAAUGAAAAUCGCUCGAUCGAGCUUCAAUCUCGAUUCUUGUCGGUUUGCUCGUCAUUCGUUGCACUUGUGGAGAAAAAAAUUUCACGGUUUUGAUAAAAUUGAAAAUAAUCUUUCCAAUGGAUUCUUUAUAUCUUACAUAUUCAAUUAUUGUUAAUAUUAAUCGUUGAACGAUUUUAAUUUUAAUAAUUGUAUAUCUUAGUUGAUUCUAUUAUGGGUCUCCGAGUUUGUGCAAAACUACUUGUACAAAGUAGAAAGUUGACGAGAGAGAGAAAAAAAAAAAAAAAGACAAUUUCUCUUUCGAGAGAAACAAAUUGUUUUAGUAAGUUUUCAAGUUGUAUAUGUAGAAUAUAUGUUAUAAUGUAUUUAUUUUAUGUAAUUUAUCUUACGACAUCGUCCAGUUCCAACUUAUUUCUCUUAAUCGAUAUCAGAGAAUGGUUUACUAGGUCUUACGUAACGUAUAAAUAAUGUACAUCCUGCUAUAAUUGGAAAUGAAAGCGAGUAUACAGGAAAUUAUUAAUUUCAUAAAACGAUUAAGCUGGAAAUGGAAAAGUUGAAUGAAAUUUUAUAGAUAUCUACACGAUGCGAUGUUUCUUUCAUUCUGUUCUAAUUUUUUCCGCGUCUUGUUGCUAAAAAAAAAAAAAAAGAAAAAGAAAAAGAAAAGCGAAAAAAAAAAUAUUAUUUAUUAAUUAUCACGUUAUUCUUGAUACACUGCACUUUUCAUACUUUUAGCACUUUCCUGUAUAUUUCUAUAAUACGUAUUUCGAUUAUAUACACUUCUCUAGCAAUAAAUAUGUAAUUAACAUUCGAA